AUGAAGCACAAAAUAAUCACUACCAUAUGUUUACUGAGUCUCUUGAUAUCAAGUGAAUCAUUAAGGAUUCUAGUAUGUUAUCCCAUGACUUCCAAGAGCCACAGCAUCUUGGGAUAUGGCGUCGUCAAUCGACUACUCGAAGCUGGACAUGAGGUCGUCCAUAUAACAUCAUUCCCGAAUGGCAAAGUUUUGCCAAAUCUCACUGAAGUCAACGUAUCGUCUAUAGCAGAUGUAUUUAAGAAGGAUGUUGAUGGAGCUGAAGCAUUCAAACUGAAAAACUUGAUCGGAAAAGGCAACUUUGGUGACUCAGCUCUAUUCUUGUAUUACGUUUAUGUUAUACAUAAAAACUUUUUGGAGGAGCCCAGCGUUGUGAAAUUGUUCAGUGACCCUAAAGAGAAGUUUGACGCUGUUGUGCUGGAAUGGUUCUUCACUGAGAUGAAUGCUGGUAUUCCAGCGCUGUUCGACUGUCCUCUAAUCUGGGUAUGCUCGACGGAACCUCAUUGGCAAUCUAUGAGAGUGAUGGAUGGGAUCACUAACCCAGCGUACACUCUAGACUUGUUCACACACAACAAGCUGCCUUUAGACUUUUGGGGACGAGCUGAAGGACUGUGGAAGGUUGUGAAAAAAGCUGUUCAGGUGCUAAUUCUGAACCAGUUCGAGAAACGAGCAUACUAUUCAAUAUACCCAGAGAUCGCAGCCAAGCGAGGUGUGACAAUGCCCUCAUAUGAAGAUGCUGUUUACAAUGGAUCGUUCAUGCUGAUUAACGCCCACCCUUCCAUUGGAGGAGCAAUAAAAUUACCUCAAAAUGCUGCGAAUAUUGCUGGCUACCACAUCGAUAAAGCUAAACCUUUACCAAAGGAUUUGCAAAAACUAAUGGAUGAAGCAAAACAUGGCGUCAUAUACUUUAGCAUGGGAUCUAUCGUACAGAGUGAUGGCAUGUCGGAACAGAUGCAGAAAUCUAUUCUGGACAUGUUCAGUAAAUAUAAUCAGACGGUUAUCUGGAAAUUUGAGAGUGACAUGAAGGAUGAUAUACCUCCUAAUGUUCAUCUUGUGAAAUGGGCUCCACAGCAAAGUAUAUUGGCUCAUCCAAACCUCAAAUUGUUCAUCACCCAUGGUGGUCAGCUAUCUACAUCAGAAGCGAUACAUUACGGUGUACCCCUUGUGGGUAUCCCAGUAAUGGCAGACCAAGUCCUCAACAUGAUCUCUGUGGCAAACAAGGGUUUUGGAAUCAGGGUCACCCUAUCUGAGGACAUGAUACCUGAACUUGAUGCAGCUGUCCAACAAGUACUGACUGAUGACGCAUAUAGAAAAAAAGCCAAAGAAAUAUCAGCUCUAUUCCAUGAUCGUGUGAUGACACCAGGAGCAGCAGUGCCAUAUUGGAUAGAAUACGUCGUGCGGACACGUGGCGCUCCUCAUUUGCGAUCUCCUGCUCUGAAUGUACCCCUGUAUCAAAAGCUUUACUUAGAUCUAGCAGCAUUUCUAGUUGUAGUUAUAAUUAUACUUAAAAAGGCUGUGAAAUAUUUAAUGAAGAAAAAGACGAAUAAAAAAGAGAAGAGUAACUGAUACCUUCUUGAAUCUAUGAAGUAGUUUUUUUCUCCCCU